UGGGAGGAACACGGAGAGUUCUUUGAUAAAGAUGUGCGUCCAAGAGAAGGGCGGGAGGUAUGGCCCGCGCUUGAACAGGCGUUUGAGAAAGAUGUGCAGGGCUAUCGACGAAAGCUUGGAAUGGGGGAGUUUGGGGGGUGGAGGAGGAAACAGGGGCUAUUCUCAAUCUCAUACGUCGGAUGCUGGAAUUUCAGCCGGAAGAACGGCUGA